CUACCAGCAAUCGAAACUGGACGAAAAGCAGAGCGAAAUUACUCGCCUCAGGCAAAAUGUGGACUUCUUGCGCGUGCGCCUGAGCACAGCCGAAGAUCAGCUCAAGAAAACUCAGUGUGGUCGUUACACAUUGCAUGGCACUUCACUCUCAGGUUCGUUGGGUGGCUAUGGGCAGUUGGGACGACAGCCGUUGCAGAGUUUGCUCUACUGCGCGGCAAAGAGUACGAAGGCGACGCAGACAGAUUACGAGCGAAGCCGAUCGCCACCACCAGCUCCACCGNCGUUACAGCAAUAACUACAUGUACCAUUUCCACACAAAGUGGCAGUGGCAGUAGCGCGGCUGACGAAGAAGACGUCUACAUUGAUAAGAGCACAUACGCGCUGUUGUUGGAUGAGCGCGAUCGCUUAAAAUCUUACAAUGACUACCAGCAAUCGAAACUGGACGAAAAGCAGAGCGAAAUUACUCGCCUCAGGCAAAAUGUGGACUUCUUGCGCGUGCGCCUGAGCACAGCCGAAGAUCAGCUCAAGAAAACUCAGUGUGGUCGUUACACAUUGCAUGGCACUUCACUCUCAGGUUCGUUGGGUGGCUAUGGGCAGUUGGGACGACAGCCGUUGCAGAGUUUGCUCUACUGCGCGGCAAAGAGUACGAAGGCCACGCAGACAGAUUACGAGCGAAGCCGAUCGCCACCACCAGCUCCACCACCAUCACCUUCACCGCUAAACCUUGGGCUACCGCACGACCACGGAGACGGCGAUGACGAGCUGCAUGUUUUUGUGACACCCAACACGCCGGAUGCGAAUAACAAUUUAUGCAGCGGAGAUGGCACAAUGGAGGUGUGCGGUCGAAAUGCUAAGAACGUGGCGGCUAUACAACCAAUGUCGCUUUAUUUCAGCAGCUGCACGGAGGAGAGUGCCGAAAGGCGAACGGCGAAGGAGAGUGUCGCAUUGCGCAGGCGCAGCGAUUCCCUUAAGGUCCGACAGCAGCAGGCUGAACCGAGCGAAGCAAGCGGUAGUGGCAGCGGCACGUCCCAACACAACUCGCGCACCAGUCAACCGAGCAGCUCAGAUUCAGCCAUAGAGGUAGAAGUGAUUGACUUGUCAUCGUCGCCGAAACCGGCACGCCGUAAGCGUUUCAGCACCGAUCGAGAUGGGCGUGGAACUAUUGCACCGAAAAUUCGGCCACUAAAAUACAAUCACGAUCCACGCACACCCUCGCCCAUGGGCUUAUAUAUUGAGCGUUGUCCCAAUAGCACUGCUGUUGAUAUCUCUGACACGCCAGAGGUGCAAGGCCCUCGCAAGUUGGCCGCAAAAAGGAGUGCUGGUGGCCGUCGCAAAUCUAUUUCUCGCCGUUGGUUUUAUUUGCUCGGCAGUUGCAUGCGUUGCAGCAAUCGCCAACAGACAGAGAGUGAGCAGUACGCUCUUCAACAGACUUAUACCCAAGUUCCGCUGCUGGAGAAUACUUUUGAGCGUAGCGGCAUACAGGUGCGUUCUAACUAAGGCGAGAUGCCUCUUUGAGUUUAAUGUUUUAUUAUAUUUUUUAGUCAUAAUUUGUUAAGAUCUUUAUUUCGUGUUUAAAAUUGAAGUUCGCUUUUUUUUGUUUUUGAUAUUGCCAAGUCUAAUU